CAUUAUCUUCUUCUAAGUUCUAACCAAAAACCCUAGAAACUCUAUCUCUCGCAUUACACACACUCUCUCUCUCUUCUCUCUAGAAUCCACAAUAUUUCUCACACAGCUCCAAUUUCUGGCGCUCUCAACGGAGUUUGAGAGAGCCUAAAUAGAACAAGAAACGCAAACAUGGCGGACGUGAUGGUGAUGAAAGAGAUCGAGGCCACGGCGGCAAACCUCGGAAUCGAUCUCGACAAACUCGACCUCGACUCCAUUCGCCUCCCUCCCGGCGAAGACUUCAGCAUCGUAAGUGAUGAUGAAGAUAUUUAUCAAGGGGAUAAUCUGGAGUUGAACACUGGGUUUGGCAAUGUUAUCAUUGUUGAUAAUCUCCCUGUCGUUACUCGGGAAAAAUUUGGGAAGCUUGAAACCGUUGUUCGUAAAAUCUACAGUCAGAUUGGUAUGAUCAAGGAGGAUGGCCUUUGGAUGCCUGUCGAAUACGAUCCCGAGUCUAAGUCUGAGAAAACCUUAGGCUAUUGCUUUAUUGAGUUUAAUACUCCUCUGGAAGCUGAGCUUGCAAAGGAGAAGACAAAUGGGUACAAGUUGGACAAGGCUCACAUUUUUGCAGUGAACAUGUUUGAUGAUUUUGAUAGGUUCAUGAAAGUUCCAGAUGAGUGGGCCCCUCCUGAAUUUAAGCCAUAUACUCCAGGGGAAAAUCUUCAACAAUGGCUGACUGAUGAAAAAGCUCGUGAUCAGUUUGUGAUUCGUGCUGGUUCAGAUACUGAGGUUUUAUGGAAUGAUGCAAGGCAUCUGAAGCCUGAGCCAGUUUAUAAGCGUGCUUUCUGGACCGAAAGUUUUGUGCAGUGGUCCCCAUUGGGGACUUACUUGGCAACAGUUCACAGGCAAGGUGCUGCUGUUUGGGGUGGUGCCAGCACCUUUAAUCGCCUUAUGCGUUAUGCUCAUCCUCAGGUUAAACUGAUUGAUUUUUCCCCUGGUGAGAAAUAUUUAGUGACCUAUAGCAGCCAUGAACCAAGUAAUCCUCGUGAUGCGAAUAGGGUUGUGAUAAAUAUUUUUGAUGUGAGAACUGGAAAAGUGAUGAGAGAUUUCAAGGGAAGUGCUGAUGACUUUGCUAUUGGAGGAACUGGUGGUGUUACAGGGGUGUCAUGGCCUGUUUUCAGAUGGGCAGGAGGUAAAGAGGACAAAUAUUUUGCUAGAAUUGGGAAAAAUAUUAUUUCUGUCUAUGAAACAGAGACCUUUUCACUUAUUGACAAGAAAUCCCUGAAGGUAGAAAAUGUAGUGGAUUUCAGUUGGUCACCUACAGAUCCAAUUCUUGCACUCUUUGUUCCUGAAUUGGGGGACCAUCCUGCUAGGGUGAGUCUAAUGCAAAUCCCAAGUAAAGAUGAGUUAAGGCAGAAGAAUCUUUUCAGUGUUAGUGAUUGCAAAAUGUACUGGCAAAGCAAUGGGGAUUAUCUUGCUGUUAAGGUUGAUCGCUAUACAAAAACGAAAAAAAGCACAUACACAGGCUUUGAGCUUUUCCGUAUAAGAGAGCGAGAUAUUCCCAUUGAGGUUUUUGAGCUUGAGAAUAAGAAUGACAAGAUUAUUGCCUUCGCUUGGGAGCCAAAGGGCCACAGGUUUGCCGUUAUCCAUGGUGAUAACCCAAGACCUGAUAUAAGUUUCUACUCAAUGCGCUCUGCAAACAAUACAGAGAAGGUUAAAAAGCUCACUACUCUGAAAGGGAAGCAGGCAAAUGCUCUUUUCUGGUCACCUACUGGGCGCUUCAUUAUACUCGCAGGAUUAAAGGGUUUCAAUGGACAGCUGGAGUUUUACAAUGUUGAUGAGCUUGAAACCAUGGCAACAGCUGAGCAUUUUAUGGCAACAGAUAUUGAAUGGGAUCCAACCGGAAGGUAUGUUGCAACUGCAGUGACUUCCGUACAUGAGAUGGAAAAUGGUUUCAACAUAUGGUCCUUCAAUGGCAAGCUACUUUAUAGGAUCCUGAAGGAUCAUUUCUUUCAGUACUUGUGGCGCCCAAGACCACCAUCAUUCUUGAGUCCUGAGAAAGAGGAAGAGAUAGCAAAGAACUUAAAGAAGUACAGUAAGAAGUACGAGGCAGAGGAUCAGGAUGUAUCAAUGCUAUUGAGUGAGCAAGAUCGUGAGAAGCGGAAGAUGUUGAAGGAUGAAUGGGAGAAGUGGGUCAAUGAGUGGAAGCAUUUGCACGAAGUAGAAAAACUCGAGAGGGAGAAACUCAGGGAUGGAGAAGCCAGCGAUGAAGAGGAAGAGUACGAGGCAAAAGAAGUUGAAGUUGAGGAGAUAUUGGAUGUUUCAGAGGAGGUCCUUUCGUUUGAGGACUGAUAUCAGUGAUGAUUUUUGAGAGCUUUUAGAUCCCUAUAUUUAGAGCACUACUCACCAACAGCGCUCUUCCAGAUGAAGAGCGUUUGGACUAAUAUUUUGAGGUUUUCUUCUUCUUCAUUUUUUUUUUUUUUUUUUUCAACCCCUUGAAUUUUUCAUAGCGCCAUCUGGUGAGCGAAUGUUAUGUUUCUUUGUAAUUUUGUUUUUUUUAAAAAUAUAAUUAUUGACUACAGUUUUGUUAGUCUGAACAGCAUAA